AUGCCGCCAAACAGGACACGCAGAGGAGCAGCACCUCCCAGCUCGUCGAGGAAACGAAAAGCCACGGACGAUGCAACUGAGGAAAAGAAAGAAGCAAGGCCUCAAAAGGCGCGAAAGCGAUCCACGAGCAGCACCAAUAUGAACCAAACAGAGAUCUCUACAGAGUCGGCAGACAAGCUCGAGAAGCCUAUUCUUAUCAAUCGCUCCCCGGUGCUGGAGCUGUGGGGUGCCUGCGUUGCCAGCUUCCUGCACCCUGAUAUGUCAUGGAAUGCCUGUAUCAACAUUGGAAGCAGCAUUGCAACACUCACAGCAAUCGCCAAGGGCCGAUCCAUCGGUAAGAUUGCCGAACCGGACCCAGACAAGCAAGCAGAGAGGAAGAAAAAGGGCAAAGGUGACGAGGGUUUACCCAUCAUCAGAGUUAUGGGCUUCCCUAUGACGAUGAAAGGAGAUGCGGUCGUGUUCAAGGGUAAGGAGAGGACCGCGAGAGAAGCCAAUCUCGUGAGGAAGUUUGGCGAAGAGAACCUUGGAAAGGUCAAGACAACCAUGGGCAAGGCACUGGAAUCCUGGAGGGGAGAUGAAGGCGAGCUAGACAAAAGCGCAUUUCACAUGUAUGAGCGCUUCAGGCCGCAGGUGCCCAAGGGCCAGCAGGGUUGGGGCCGAAAGGGAGAGCUGCAUCUUUCAAAGAUUGAGGGUGCUGUACGAAAGUCCUAG